AUGAAAAAACGCAUCUAUUUAAAGGUAAAUAAAACUGUUCAAUUAUCCGAUAUCUUACAUGAAGAAAAUCGUAUGAAUCGGAAAAACAAACCUAAAUGGCAAUGUAAGAACAAGAGCUGUGCAGAAUGGAAUGAAGGUGGCAUCAAAAUUUGUUUGCACUGUUACAAUAAUCGUAAUGGCAGAAUUAUUCAACGUCUUUCAUAUAUUCCCGUUGUAGGAAUACCUUUUUCUGUCACACAUGCUGCACUUGAAACUGGUCGAGCUGGUCAUACAAAAGAACGGCAUGAUAAAAUAAGUGCCGGACUGGCAAUCGGUACAGCUGCAGUAGACAUUGUUCUAGCACCAGUUUUUGUUCAUUCUAUCGUGACAAUACCUGCAAAAGCAGCUGCUGUGACAGGAACACAAUUGACCGCCAACACCCUCUUCACACAAACGGGUAGGGUAGCUGCUAAUAUGACGGCUACGAACGUAUUAGGAGCAGUAAAAUUGAAAUCGAAAGCCGUUGACGUCACAGAGAAGAUUUAUGAAGCCUCAAAAUCGACAAAGAAAACAAAUGAAGAUAUUUACUGA